AUUUUCUAAUGAAUUAUUUGACACAGCUCAAAGAGUAAAUUUAAAUUUAAAUAUUUACUUCCAGUAAUUUCAUAUAUCGAAUUAAUAUCGCAUCGUAGAUUGUAGUUCGAUACUUUGCGCGGCAAAUAAGCAGGGACAUAAUGAAAUUCAAAUUCUGCUUAGUUAGUAACUUCUACAAGAAGUCUGUGGUAUGGUUGGUUUAAAGUAAGUCGUUGAAAGAGUGUAAGUGAUACAGAGCACGUUCGUAAUUCAUAUAAAUUGCGUAAUAUUGUGGGCGAGUCAGUGUUAAUUGGCGAUUGUUAACAACAGAUUUCGGUACGUCAUUGAAGUUUCAACUUUUAGAGUCCGACACGAUACUAUAUUAUUUAAAUGUCAAAGCAAAUAUUAAAAUUCAUAUAUUUUUUGUCAAAGUUACGUGCUAAAAUUUGAACUGGGCGUGCUUUAGCUAUCACGUGGAUUAGUUGGAAGACAUAAUUCAAGUUGGAACAUACAAAAACAAAUUCCAUUAUGCAAGUGAUUUCCCAGGAACAUGAGAGUACGCAAACUACGAUAUUAGCGUUAUUAUUGUCCCAAAAAGGUGGGUGUACACUACCUCAAUUAUGCAAGGACUAUUAUGACAUGGAAGGUGAAGAAAUACCUUGGAAAAAGUUGGGAUAUGUUUCCUUAAUGGAUUUUAUACACAGUAUGUCAAAAUCAAUUAAAAUAGAGUACAGCCAAAAUACACUUUUUUUAAAAGGUAUCGCAACUAAUAAGUCCAAACAUGUUGACAAGCUAGUGACUGGUCAAAAAGAUCAAAAGGCACCAAUUGGAAGAAAAACGUAUAAACCAAGUCAUUAUUAUCCAAGAACGUUGUCUCCUAAGAUACAUAUACCAUCUGAGAUAUUAAGCAUGAUAAUUGAUAUCGUUAAUGAACAUCCAGAUGGCAUCAAUAAGGAUUUUAUACUUCAAAAAGUACAAAUUUCUAUGCCGUAUGCAAACAUAACAAUGAGUGAGAUGGAAGAACAAUUACUUGUGUUAUCGCAUAAAAUUUCUGUAUCAAAUAAUAAAAUAUUUCCAGUUCAAAGUAAAUCACAAAAUUUUAGUUCCAAAAUGCCAAUAAUGAUUGCAAGUGGAGAAGAAGAUUCAGAUAAUUUGCUAGACUAUGCAGAAGAUGAUUUAAAAUUUUUGCCUCCUGCAAAUGAAUCUACUUCUAAAAAAUUACCUGCAAAGAGUAAAACUACAUCUAACUUUAUAAAGGAAUCUGUGAAUGCAACACAGUAUAAAUCUAAAAGCAACACCAUAAAUGAUGGAUACAAUGAUGUUACCCUAAGAGCAGAAACCAACGAAAGUAAUUCGUAUAAUACAUAUAAUUACAAUGAUAAUGUUGAAAUCUAUACAGAAGAUAAUAAUUACGAUAGAGUAGAGAAAGAAACUUAUUUUGGAAAUAAACAUACUGAGGAUCUUAUAAAUAGUAGAAUCAAAUUUCGUUUGGAGAAACUUAUUCAAAAUAAUCCUGAUGGCAUUUGGUGUGCUGAGCUUCCAGAAAAAUAUUUAGAAGAAUAUAAAGUAAGCCUAAGUUAUACUGAACUUGGUUUCAGUAGCGUUAGAGAAUUUGCAUCAUACUUGCCAGAAAUCUUUCAUUGUGUACAAAUUGAUGAGGUUGGAGACUUCAUGCUCUAUUAUAGUAAAAAACAAGUACCUUUGAUUAAUCCAAAGAAGAAACAGAAAACCAUAAAUCUUGCGGAAUUACAUCAGAUUUAUCUAUUAGAUGAAGAAAAUGAAGCUCUUCCAACAACUUUGACACCUAAUACAUGUAAUCAAUUGAUACCAGAGGGUAUAGUAACUAUUGGAGAAAGUGUAGGUCAUAUACAUGUUGCUGACCUAGUAAGAAUUGAAAAUCCUUACAUAGAAGUUGUUGUUGUAGAAGUAUUCACUCCAUCAUUCUUUUGGAUACAGCUUCGUAAAAAACAAAAAGCAUUUAAAAAAUUUAUGAAUGAUUUGAAUCAUUUUUAUGUUGCUAAACAUGAAGAUUAUAUUAUACCACCUGUUGUAUUAGAAAAAGGCUUAAAUUGUGCAUGCAUAUAUAACGGAAUAUGGCACAGAGGUAUAAUAAAGGCGGUAAAACCGGAUUUGCAAGUUACAGUAAUGUUUUACGAUUAUGGAACACUAAAAACAUAUCAACCAAUUGAAGUGUAUUAUUUGCAUAGAAUAUUUUCUGUUCUACCAGCACAAGCUAUUCCUUGUGGUUUAUUUAAUACAAGGCCAUACAAAGGAAUAAAAUGGACACGUAGUGCUACUCAUCAUUUUGCUAUAAAAACAUCAGACAUACCUUUGGUUGCAAGAAUAACAUCGACUAAUGAAAUGGAUAAUUCAAUGAUGGUAACAUUAACCGACACAUUAGAAGAUGAAGAUAUACACAUCAAUGAUUGGCUAGUGGAGCAAAAACUAGCAGAGCAUGGAAAAAUGGGAGACAAAGUUGAUAUGCAUAAUUUAUUGCUAUAUGUGGAAGACAAUUUACUGUUUUCACCCGAGCAAUGCUAUGAGAAGGAAACUGGUUCGCCUGAGUCUGUCGACAUUAAAGUAGAAGAAACAUCUAGCAGCACUUGUUUGAUAACUCCACAAAGAACUUUAGAAAGCAAGUAUUUCGAGGUUCCUUUAAAACAGGAAUUAUCUGAAGAAACUGAUAAGUUAACAACUUUGGAAAGCAAUUUACAAGAUCAAGCUCAAGUUAAAAUUCCCUCAUUUCCACAAUUUAUUCAAACAAAAAGGAACUUAAAUCCGUUUUUGAACGAUGAACUGAUCUGCAAUCAGGAUGAGAUUAAAGUAGCGCCUGGAAAGCUAUUGCAGUUGUGGAACGAAAACGUGAAGCUGCAAGUUCAAAUAAGCGCAAUAUUUGAGAUACUCUUUAGCAGAGUUGCAACUAAUUCAGGAACAGGUGACAGUUCAGUGAAAAAUAAAAAUAUUUUAGAUCUAACGGAAGCUUUUUCACGUCUCAACGUCAAUAGUAAUUCAAUGUCAACAAAUUUAGAAAAUGUAAAUGUUACAAAUCCAUGUACAUUUGCUACUAACGAUGUACAAACUGUUGGCAAUCUUUCUCGUGAUUUGGUAAAUGAUAAUUCGAAUCUCAAUAGUUACACUGAUAUCCUACAACAUUCCCUUACCAAAUUAAAUUCAUUUUACUCAGAUAUUGCUAUGGCUGAAGGCAGUAAUUUACAUACAAGUCAAUUGUUUCCAAAUAAAUCUAUAAAUAAGAAUGCACCACCAGGAUUUGAAAAGGUUGCUUUGGAAAUAAAUUUGAAAAAUCAGAAUAAAUUAAUGAACGGUGCAAACAUUGCCUUACCGGAAACAUUAGAAAAGCCUAUGAACUUCAACAUACCCUUAAAAGAAACUAAUCCCUUCAAGGCUGCUAUAAUAAAUCAGAUGCAAACAUCGCAAAAAGAAUGUUUAAACAGCGUUGACUUGUUUAUUUCAAACAGUACUCAGGAACCAGUUGUCAAACAUAAUUUUACGACUUUCGAAGAAAAUGGUACUGCUAUCCUAAAUAGUAAUCUCGGUAAUUCAAAAAAAAAUUCUGCUGAAUAUUCAUUUGAUUACCAAAAGUAUUUUCCUACUUGCACUGUGAGCACUGCAGAUAAUAUCAAUACUAACUUAAAAUAUCUGCCCACUAAUUACACGUGGCCUAAUGAUAUCAACAAUAUGGGAAUUACUACAAAUGAUCCUUCAACAAUCCAAAGAACAGAGAGUAACAAUACAUAUUCUUCUGAAUAUUAUGAUAUCUAUACACCAUCAUACCUCAGAAGUUGUUCACAAGAACACAAACCGAAGCAAGAGGAGGAUAUCAUUUUAAGACGCCCCAUUUCAUCAGUAGCUAGUUGCAUUGAUCAUACUCUAAAUUAUGGUAACAGUCGUAUGAAUACGUCGUGGUUAACAAGUAAUAGUUUCUCGCCUUUCGUUCGAGACAAUAAAAACGUUGACGAGGGAUACCUAACGCGACCAUCUACUUCGCAUACCAUGGAUAGAUUAUCUCCGUUGGCACAAACAAUAGCACAUGUAAAUCAAUACAGUGAAUCUGCAAAAAUAUGGUCCACGUCGCUUGUAGACAAAUCUGUGCAGUCUGAUGACGGCGAUAAAAUAUAUUCACAGACCAUGAAAAACAGAGAUAUAAAAGCAACAUGGAAUAGGAAUCAAUUGCAGAACAGCACCGACUAUUCAUUGCCAAUAGAUGCAUCAUUAGGUUGUUGUAAGCUAUAUAUGAAAUUAAUUGAAACCCAAAGGUGUCAAAUACAUACAAUUCAUUACCAGAACGACGGGUGGCUAAUAGUACACGAAUUUAUAUCAUUUACUGAGCAUAAGAACAUUUCCUACUUGUAUGAUGUUGUACGAAUCCUAGAUAUUCAUGUACCAUUCAUGGAAAUUGACAAAACUCAGUGCUCGAUAAAAUUUGUAGAUACAAACGGUAGUUUGACACAGCAAAGUAAAGAUGUUCUGAACAGUAGGGAUAAUCUUCAUUUAAUACCGUUAAAAUCAGCAUUGAAAUUGUUGAAGAUACUAAAAAUUAUUUCUGCACGAGACUUAAGCGAUCUUCUUAUCCAUAAAAAAUUUGAGACCGGGAUUAUGCACGACAUUUGGAUAAUAAUGUGUGAAUACGGGAAAUUCAAGUAUCACAUCGAAAACACAGGACGACUAUGAAGUAUCCGUUUUAUACUUUUCUACGAUUAAUGCAAGUAAGACUACGUUAGUUAUUGAUGAUAUCUUUACGUUGCCAGUGGACUAUUUGUUAUUGUAUGGGGGUGCAAUUUAAACAUACAGUUUUUUUAAUUUUUUAAUAAUAUAACACUUCUACCUCAUGAAAUGAAAACUUGUUAAGCUUAAUUUGGAAAUUAUCCCGGUAAUUUUUAUUUCUAUUUAGAACAAAUUUUGUUGAAUAAUUAUUACACACAAUGUGCAUAUGAUAACAGAUUCAUUCUAUUACGUGUAUAAGAUAUUCUACUAUAAUGUAUUCGUAUAUAAGUAUUAAAUCGAGUAUCUCGA